CCUGUCAUUGAUCAAUAUGAUCCGUUCAACUCUAUUCCUGACUCCACUUUCCAUCUUGUUUCUCUCAGCUGAUUGAGGUCUAAGAUCUGUGUGCUUCCGGAAACCAUCCACGGCAGUGAUAUGACUUCGAUCAACAACCUGAAUCAAGAUGGGAUACUUUCAUAUCUGAGACGCGGUUUAUUUUUCGCAUGGUCUAUUUACUACCAUGGGUUGGUGCCCAUCUACGUCAUCGGUACACACUUCCAUCACGAGGCACACCGUAAUCCCUCCUGGUUCGGUCCGACCGUUUCUCCAACGGCAUUGUGAAAUCGGUCGCCAUCCAUAUCUAAAACUUUUCAAUUCUUGUCAGUUAUACAGCGAGUCAUAACUUGUCUUUGUUAUUUGAAGGGUGGUGUAUAAUUCCAUCGCAUUUUUGUUCUAUUCUAUCGCCCGUUCCGCGAGGGAGUCUGGAUAUGACUGACGCUCCAGUGAAGCUACCCCUGAUAUAUCGAUUGUCCCGCAUCACUUGGCCAUGGUUUACGUGCACGAUGUCCACUGGUGCUAUCGCCGCACUCCUCUCGCAGCAGCCAUUUCCCUUCCGUGGGCUGGUAGCGAUCGGCACAAUGUUCUUCAUUUUCGAUGCCGUUCUCUUCUUCAUAUUCAAUCUCAUGAUGUUCAUCCGUAUCACGCGGAAUCCUCGUGCAUGGCUUGCGAGUCUCCAUCAUCCCAAUGAGUCUUUCUUCUUCGGCGCAUAUUGGGUGAGCGUUGCGUUGAUCAUCUAUUCCAUUCAAGCAUAUGGCGUUCCUAGGUCUGGACCGUGGCUCAUCCGGGCGCUGGAAGUACUCUUUUGGGUCUAUAUAUCUUGUUCCCUAUGCGUGGCGAUUUUCCAAUAUCAAGCGAUUUUCUCAGUGGAGAGGCUGCUGAUCGCAGACGCCAUGCCGGCAUGGAUUUUGCCCGCAUACCCUUCCCUCGUCACAGGGCCUUUGGCUGGUGUACUUUUGAAGUCACAGCCGGUGGAAAGUGGCCAACGGAUAUUAAUUGCGGGGAUUGCAAUUCAGGGGCUGGGAUGGACAAUCGCGUUUAUCAUAUACACGAUGUAUCUUACGCGGCUCACUACACAUAAGAUGCCUGCCCAUGGGAUGAGGCCGGGCAUGUACGUUGCUGUUGGUCCGGCUGCAUACACAUCGGCGGGGCUCAUAUCGCUUGGCCGUGCGAGUCCAGGACUAUUCCCUACCUUGAAUCUCAGCUCCGCCUCACCCACACCUAUCCCAGUGGGUUCAGUGAUGGCGGUGCUCGGGUUCGUAUCGGGAAUCUUUUUAUUUCUUGUCGCCUUUUGGUUUUGCGCACUUGCUACCAUUACGGUGCUUCGAGUCGUACGAAGAAUGAGCUGGACACUGAACUGGUGGGCCUUUAUCUUCCCCAAUGUCGGGUUAGCAAUUGCGUGCAUUCAGAUUGGGGAUGCGUUGGGGAGUAAAGGAGUGCAAGGAGUUGGAGCUGGCUUGACUCUCCUGCUCAUAGUGAUGUGGAUAUUUGUGAUGGGGGCUUCCUUACGUGCACUUUGGAAAGGUCAAGUACUUUCUCCGAACAAUGAUCCAGGGUUGGACGAUGUGGAGCUAGUCCUAGGGGAUGCUAUAACGACGGGUAGGAAUCGAAUAUACUAGCACCAUAAUAUUGCCAAAACACAUGUUCUCGUUAUAUACCCGCCUAGUCUCUAGUUGUUGAAUCCUCAGUGUUGAAAACACGGGUCAUGCUAAGACAA